AUGAAAAAAGCCUUCAUGACAGGCACCCAGUGCUAUGGUGUCCCAUCAAGAGUCCGGAGCGAUCAUGGACUGGAGAAUACCGGGGUUGGGGCGUUUAUGAUAGCGCAUCAUGGACCUCGUCGCAGUUCUUUCAUCACGGGAAGGAGCAUUCACAAUCAGCGGAUUGAACGCAUGUGGCGUGACCUGUUUGCCAGUGCAACAAGCGUGUUUCACAGCUUGUUUACGUAUCUUGAGGAGUCUGAACAGUUGGAUUUGGCAAAUCCAGUGCACAUGUGGUGUCUUCAUCACGUGUUUCUGCCUCGUGUCCAGCGAGCAUUAGACAUAUUUCGUGAGGGCUGGAACUUGCACAGGUUGAGUGGUGAAAGAGGUAGAACCCCCACACAGCUCUACAUUGAGGGCAUGAUGUGCCAAGCUGGACAGUGUCAUAGGGGCAUCGACAACAUGGUGUUCCGUGUUCCGGAGGAGGCCAUCCAAGACCAUGACGAAUAUGGCAUUGACGAUGAGGUUGAGGUAGCUCCCCGAGAAGACAUGAUCAUCAAUGUGUCAAAUGUAGACUGUCCUCUGAAUGAGCAGGACUUCACAAGACUAGAACAAACUGUGAACAUUGAAAGUGAUCACCAGGGUGUGGAUUGUUUCUUGGCAUGUGUGGAGUUCUGCAAUUCUGUGUUGUGA